GUGAGUAAGAAAUUUAUACCUUUCUCCGUAAGCGGUAAAAACGAAGAAGUCGUAGGAAGAGCGUUGAAAGUGCAAACGUAACCGUUCAAGCGUCCGGUCUCCAACUUUGACACACGAACAACGCCGGAGUCUACCACAAUCUUUAUGCUAGUGCCUUAACCUUCUUAAGUUGAUACGUGAGUGUAUCAAUUGGUGCUUUCAUUAUGGCCGACGAUUCUGCGUCGACGACACCGCGCGACCACAGGGAUGAACGAAUUGAUGCCCUGCAGCAGACGAUGCAUCAAAUGCAAACCGAUUUGGAAGGCCGUUUUGCUCGCCUUGAGGCACUGGUUUUAGCCAAUCGGCCGGUUUUGCCAACGCCGCCUCAUCUCCGGUUUACCCCAGGCGUAUCGGGUGAAGCCGCAACGGCCUCUCAUGCACAUCUGCCCAAACCAAAGUUGGAGGCGCCCAAAACAGAUGGCACAGAACCCCUCCGUUGGCUUUACAAAGUCCAGGAGUAUUUCACUUUUUAUGAUAUACCGCCAACCGAACGUCUCCGUUGCGUGGCCUUAAUGUUGGAAGGUCCUGCUGCGGAUUGGUAUCAGUGGCGACGGAACGGCAACUUGAUUAGAGAUUGGGCAGAUUUUGUGGAGAAAUUUAAGCUGCGGUUUGAUCCCCUACAUUAUGUGGAUUACUUCGGUCAAUUGGCAAAGCUUCGCCAGACCGGAUCUCUUAUGGACUAUCAAGCGGAGUUUGAAAAGAUACUCCAUCACGUUACAGGUGCGUCCGAGACCAAUUUGAUAUCCUUGUUCCACUCGGGACUUAAACCUCAUUUACAACAUGAGAUUGCUCUGUUGUCUCCGGAAACUCUAUCGGAUUCCUUCGCCCUAGCUCGCGAAUUGGAGGCAAAGCACAAUGCUCUCUUGCACACUGUCACGCAUCGCCAACCCCAGGGGCUGUUCACUGGCCAGACCCGUUCCCCUCCUGGUCGGCAGCAACCAUCCACAGUCGCUUCCCCGACAGAGGGGAAAUCAUCCCUAGCCACACCGAUUCGACGCUUGACACGGGCGGAGAAACUCGAGAAAGACGCUAAGGGUUUGUGCUAUAACUGUGAUCAGCGUUGGAUGAAGGGACAUCGUUGUGGACACGUCCUAUUACUGAUCGGGGAUGAUGACGAUGCGCCCGAUUGUGAACAUGAUGCCGAACCAGCACCCGUAGAGGACCUCUGCGUCACCGCCGAUAUUUCUAGCCUUCAAAGCUUAUCUGGGCCAGUUCGUAUUCAUGCUCAGCGCAGAGUGCUUGUCGGAGGAGCUACGGAGGUACAAGGGUUAGUGGAAUGGUCGGACGGCGACAAGGACGAUGCUACGUGGGAGCCCUUGGACAAACUACGCCAGUUCUACCCGGACUUACACCUUGAGGACAAGGUGGUAAUUGAACAGGGGGAGAGUGUUACGACCGAAUCCCAGGGCGAGGUGCAUGGCGAACCACGGACGCAGGCACCGGAGCAAGACGACGUGGGAGCACAUCCAUGCAAAGAGUUACGUCGGGGGUCGAGGGAAAGGAGACCUCCGGCGUGGCGGAAGGAUUAUGAGACUUAAUAUUUUAUUUGUAUUUAAUUUAUUUUAUUGUCGUUGUACCUUAGAUUUUCUUAGCUAGUAAAGAUUAUAGUUGUAUAAAAUAUAAAGAUUAAAAUUGGGAUACUAAUAAUCUUGUAUAUUUCUUAUAGAAAAUAUUUCUAAUAAUAUUUAGAAAAUAUUAUGGAUAUUUUCUAUACACAAAAUGAUAUUAAUAGAACACAAAGUAUUUUCUCUCACUAGCUAAAAAUGUAAUGGCCGAAACUUAAAACAAAUUGAUGAUCUCCCCUUCUCUUUGCUAAUGGUGAUCUAGAUAAAAUCUGCCGACCAAUUAAAGGCCAAAAUCAGCU